AGCUUCGCCCAGUGACAUCUCUGUCCCUACCCGGUCCGGGAGCCCGCGCUCCAGCGUCUGCGGUCGCUUAUCCUCCGAGCUGUCCUGCCGCUACCCACUGCCCUCUUGCCGCCUACCAUGGCGCUGCUGCACUCCAGCCGCGUCCUCUCCGGGGUCGCCGCCUCCUUCCACCCAGGCCUUGCCGCUGGAGCUUCUGCCAGAUUCAGCUCCUGGUGGGCCCAUGUGGAAAUGGGACCCCCAGAUCCCAUCCUAGGAGUCACUGAAGCCUACAAGAGAGACACCAACAGCAAAAAGAUGAACCUGGGAGUUGGUGCCUAUCGCGACGACAACGGAAAGCCCUAUGUGCUCUCUAGUGUGAGGAAGGCAGAGGCCCAGAUUGCUGCAAAAAAUUUGGACAAGGAAUACCUGCCCAUUGCGGGACUGGCUGAAUUUUGCAAGGCAUCUGCAGAACUAGCCCUGGGUGAGAACAGCGAGGUGUUGAAAAGUGGCCGGUUUGUCACCGUGCAGACCAUUUCUGGAACUGGAGCCUUAAGGAUCGGAGCCAGCUUUCUGCAAAGAUUUUUUAAGUUCAGCCAAAAUGUUUACCUGCCCAAGCCAACCUGGGGAAAUCACACACCCAUCUUCAGGGAUGCUGGCAUGCAGCUCCAAGGCUAUCGAUAUUAUGACCCCAAGACUUGCGGUUUUGACUUCACUGGUGCCAUUGAGGACAUUUCAAAAAUACCGGAGCAAAGCGUUAUUCUCCUGCAUGCCUGUGCCCACAAUCCCACUGGAGUGGACCCUCGCCAAGAGCAGUGGAAGGAAAUAGCAUUAGUGAUAAAGAAAAGGAAUCUUUUUGCGUUCUUUGACAUGGCCUACCAAGGCUUCGCCAGCGGUGAUGGUAACAGGGAUGCCUGGGCUGUGCGCCACUUCAUCGAACAGGGCAUUAAUGUUUGCCUCUGCCAGUCAUACGCCAAGAACAUGGGCUUAUAUGGAGAGCGUGUGGGAGCCUUCACUAUGAUCUGCAAAGAUGCAGAUGAAGCCAAAAGGGUAGAGUCGCAGUUGAAGAUCUUGAUCCGUCCCAUGUAUUCCAACCCUCCUCUCAAUGGGGCCCGGAUUGCCUCUACCAUUCUGACUUCCCCGGACUUACGAAAGCAAUGGUUGCAAGAAGUGAAAGGCAUGGCCGACCGCAUCAUUAGCAUGCGCACCCAGCUGGUCUCCAACCUCAAGAAGGAAGGCUCCUCCCACAGCUGGCAGCACAUCACUGACCAGAUUGGAAUGUUUUGUUUCACAGGCCUAAAGCCUGAGCAGGUAGAGCGGCUGACCAAGGAGUUCUCGAUCUACAUGACAAAGGACGGCCGCAUCUCUGUGGCUGGGGUCACCUCUGGCAAUGUGGGCUAUCUUGCCCAUGCCAUUCAUCAGGUCACGAAGUAAUCUCCAGAUGCAAGGAACAGAGACAACCUUUCUGUGUUCAGCCUCUGCUGUUGUGAGAUUCACAUACAGGAUGAGGGAGGGUGGAUGGUGGUGAGUGGAUCAUUUCUUUCAACCACAGUGCAUAACACUCAACAAUUGAAUGUGUUUCUCAGAAAAGAACACGUAGUGAACUAGGGCAGAGGCAUUGUGGCUGGUCUGGAACUUUGUGGCUGUAAACCAAACUCCCCUGUUCUUUUAUCUCUAACUUUUCUAAAACAGUUUACACAUGCAAGAAAGUCACAACGCCAAAAAAAAUCUGUCAUUCAGGACAUUGCAGUAUUUCAGAAGCUUUAACUGAAGCAUCAUGUGGUUUAAGAGGUUGGUCUGUGGACCCAGCAUGAGACAUAGCUCAUAAUAGAGGCUGUGAGAGAAGACCUAGUCUGCCAUUAACAGCCAUUAACUCACAUUUGUCCUCCAUGGUGGAGCAAUCUUAUCAACAGACCAAAUUGCAAAGUUAUGCUUUACAAAAACCAGUGAGUGUAUUCUCACUACACCAAGGAAAAUAAUAGAUGCUGUCUCCUGUCUUAUUUAAGAAAAGGAGAGAACAGGCUCUCCUUUUUGUCAUUUAGGCACGAAGAUCUGUUAUAUCUAGCCAGAUUUCACCCCAUUCUACUGCUUGAGUGACCAUCAACCUUAUCCUAUCAGGAUUUAUCUAAGAAUGAAGAACAUAAUACUCUGCUCAUGCCAUUCCCUCUCCUUUCUUAGCACAGAAUAGUGGGGAGUAGGUGAUUGCACUUUACUUCAGCACCUGCUUCAGUAGUUGUGUAAUUGUCUCCCGUUGGGAUGUUGCCUCUGCCGGCUGGACCGCUCUCUUCCUCAGUGUGGCUGUCAGCCACUCAUCUCAUUCGCAGCUGGACGGUGUGGGGUAGCAUCAGGAAAGAAGAUAUACUUCACCCUUUGAAAAGAUAACCACCAUCUGCUCUAAUCAUGUAGACUUACUGCAGCCUGGUUUCUCUGUUACAAUAAAAUGAUUGUAGACCCAACCA